AUCACUGUCUUUUGCAACCCUUCUGCAAGAUGCGUUCUCUCGCCGUUUUCGCUUUCUGCCUUCUGGCUGCGCACGCGAGCGCGUGGUCUGUCGGGGAGGGUAUCCGAUGCGUCAGCGGAACCAUGGGCGAUGCCGUCAACAGGACUUUCGAGGAUAUCCGAUCUCGAGUGAGCAACAUGAGCGAACACAGGGACGAUAUCGCCGACAAGCUCUCCAAGCAAAUCGCCGAAAUCCGCCAACGAUUCAGUGAAAAUCUGAAGGAGGAGAUGGAAACGCAACGGAGCCAGGCUAGCGAUUGCACUGAGGGCAACAUCGCCACCAGAAUGGCCUGCAGGAUGAAGAGAGGACUCGGAAUCGUGAGCGGAGCAGGUGGUGUGGCCCGCAAUUCUCUCAUGGAAGCCGUCAGGGCACUCAGGGAUCACGCUCAGGACUUCGGCGGCAAGCGCGCCCAAGGAAUGGGAGAGAUCGUGUCUUCGCUGAGCAGGGAAGUCCCAAGAGUUCUCCAAGCCAGCUGGAAGUGCUUCACUGAAUCGUCCGAGGACGCUGACCAAUAAACAGCGAGGGAUCGCCCUCAAUAAAUUCCGCAGCUUC